CGAUAAGAGGCGGCGCGGAAAUACAAAAAUUACCACUGCACUUUUAUUUUUUACUUCUGUUUUUUCAAAAGUUUAUCGGUUGAUUCUAUAGAAUAAUUUGAAAGUCUAUUUAUAACUUCUGAUUUUGAUUAUACCGUACUAUAAGAAAUAUGAAUUAUCGUGAGAGAUUAUGAAAACUGUAUGGUCUGAUAGAAUUUUCAUUAUCGCUGUCUAUUGAAUAGUUUUAGAGUGAUAGUUCCAUCAAAAUUUUAAAUUUUUCAUGUACCGUUAUAAAUGUUUUUUGAAAAAAGUUACUAUCCAUAUGUAAUUUUCUCAAUAGUUUGUUUACAUUAAAUAAUCAAAAUUUACACAAAAAAUGUCAUUGCUUCGAAAUUCAAAUUUAUUUCUUAUAGAAAAAUUCAUCAGAUUUCGACAAAUCCAUACUCCAUCCUUUUUAUGGGUGAAAUCGGCGACCAAAUGCGUAACAGAUCAAGACCAAAUUCAACAGAAAUCAGAUGAUUGCAAUCCUAAUGCAAAAGAAUGUAAGAUCUCAAUGAAUCAACCCAGCAUCAAAGAAAAACAAGAGACUAUAAAAACCGAAGAUAAAACAGAACUCGAGAGUUCGUUGAGUAUUGAACAACAAUUGGAUGCAAUCAGAGUGAAAACAGACUCAGAAAGUGAUUUUAGCAAUGUGAAGGUUGUUAUUGUUGGAGCUGGUAUAGCUGGCAUUUCUGCUGCCAGGUACUUCGAAGAGAAUGGAAUCAAGAAUUACACUGUACUUGAGGCUCUUGGAAGACCUGGAGGAAGGAUUCAUUCAGACUGGUUUGGAGAUGCAGUGAUUGAGUAUGGAACAGAUUGCCUGAAGCCUGCCAGCGAAGACAUCAAUCUGUUUUUGCAAGCAGCAAUACAAGAUGGCUUAAUAGAGUCACCUAUCACUUAUAGCAGCCUUUUUAGAGGUGAAGAUUGCCGCCAUAUUAGUAGUCCUAUCAGUUUAGCAGCAUACGAAUUAUUCAAGAAAAUUUACUGUGAAGUCUAUCACACAGGUGGUGAUAUUCUGCAGCAUUUCAGCUUUAGAGUUGACCAAGAACUUGAGUUGUUUCCGGACCACUUGAAAGAUGACGUUGCUAGAAUAAUGAUUGGAUUGUUGGCAGUGAUGUAUAGGCGACAUGGCGACAAUUUGCCGCUGAUCCACAGGAGUAAAGAUGGAACUCAUUUGCAAAUACCUAACGGUCGCAUACGCUUGAGUUUAGGUAUGAAUGGUAUUCUCAGUCCUAUAUUGAGAGCUAUUCCUAAAGGGAAGAUUGUCUACAAUAAGCCGGUGCAAAAUAUUCGAUGGGGUGCAGUUGAAUGCGAAAACACGCCCAGGGUACAGAUAAAGUGUUGCGAUGGAACAAUGUUCCCAGCGGAUUACGUUCUGGUGACGGUUUCAUUGGGAGUUCUCAAGCACAUGGCAUCGACAUUGUUCUGCCCCGCUCUCCCUUCAAGCACCAUGGAUGCAAUCAAUAAAAUCGGUUAUCAACAUAAGGAUCACAUAUUUGUCAAGUUCAAAAAUCCUCAUUGGAUGUGGUACCAGCACAUAGACACAAUUCCAGAGAGGAACGGAGAGCUGGAAAAGAACUUUGGGGAAAGCAGUUGGUUGCGAUCUGUUACGAAGAUCAAACCUGUUUUCGGCAGUGAAACAUUACUGCAAGUAGUUGUUGAUGGGCCAUUCGCACAGCACUCAGAGAAACAUGAUCCGUUAGACUUAGCGAGCGAUUUGAAAAAAUAUUUGUCAAUCGCUCUUGGAAUGAGGAACUUGCCGCCCAUCACAGACGUGCGUCGGUCAGAGUGGUCGAGCAACAUCUACUUCAACGGCGCUUACCCGACAGGCGCCACGGCAGAGCUGCACGCCCAGCUGGCCAGCUCCUUGCCCGGCAACAACGCUCCUGUCUCACCCAUGAUAUUCUUCGCAGGAGAUGCCACCACUCCCAAGCCUCUCAACUUGGUGCAAGGUGCCAAGAUUAGUGGAUUGCGAGAGGCUGUCCAAAUACAUGAGCUCAUUAAAACCAGUCUAACUAGUCAAAUUAGAAAGGCCGGUAUUUGUAACUAAUUUUUUACUGAAGUGACUUUUCAGGUCAUGACAGUCAGUGACUUUUCAACUUCAAUAUUGGAUAAAUAAACUCAAAAGUUAAUAAGUAAUUUUUUUAUCACUUUUACUGCUUCUCCUCAAUAGAUUAGUUCAAAAAUGUUCAAA